UAAACGGCUUUGGCGCUGGAUGCAUUGUGGAUGAAUUGAAACAAUUGUGUUAGAUACACAAUGGAUUUAUUGCCAAAGUCUGCUCAGCAGUUCAAUGAGAAGCAGUAUUGGGAAACAUUUUUUGCCAAGCGAGGAUCUGAUGCUUUUGAAUGGUAUGGAGAGUACCCUCAACUAAGUGAUGUCCUUGGAAAGUAUGUGCGCACCAAGGAUCACAUUCUUGUGGCUGGCUGUGGCAACUCUACUCUCAGCGCAGACAUGUGGAAUGUGGGAUACAAGUCGAUGGUGUCGGUGGACAUCAGCGAGGUCGUCAUUCGUCAAAUGCUGCAGAAAUACGGCCCGCUCGGCAUGACCUUCACCCGCAUGGACUUGAUGAAGCUCGAGUUCCCGGACAAGAACUUCACGUGCGUGCUCGACAAGGGCACGCUGGACGCCGUCUUCACCCAGGACGACGAGCACACGGCGCGCAUGGUGGACACCAUGUUCACGGAGAUCGGCCGGGUGCUAAAGGUUGGCGGGAGGUACGUCUGCGUGUCGCUGCUGCAGGGCCACAUUCUCAAGAAGCUGCUGGAGUGGUUCCCACAGCAGGGCUGGAUGGUUCGCAUUUGCAGGUGUAAGGGUGCUGAGAACUCCGACUCCGGUGGGAUACCUUUCCCUGUCUUUAUUGUGGUGUGCACAAAGUUUGAACUCCUGCCGGACCGGAAGCCCAUGAGCGUGCUGGAGGUGAGCCUGCAGGACGAGCGGCCGCGUCGGCUGCCCUCGGCCGACGCCGUGCGGCAGGCGGUCACCGGGCUGCAGCAGUUCGCCUUCACGCGCCACGGUCUGGCUGCUCCUGGCAGCGGUGAGGACGUGCGGCUGGAGCUGUGCGAUGCCGAUAGCGACGAGGCCAGGUUCACGCUUUUCGUCGUCGACCGCUGGCGCAAGAAGACGAAGAAGGCGUUCGCCAUCUUCAUCGUGCCGCAGGGGCGGGAGACGGAGUGGCUGUUCGGCACGCCGGCCGGCCGCCAGCAGCUGGCGGAGACGGCUGGUCAUGACCGGCUGGUGGUGGUUCACCUGCCGGACCGGCGGCGGCGCUACGGCGCCCUGCAGGAGGUGCAGGAGCAGCUGUCGGGCAGCGUGCUCCAGCUGCGGCCGGCGCACCUCCGGGACGAUGUCCAGGUGCCGUUCCUGACCUGUGCCGGCGACCUGGGGCCGGCGGGAGCUGCGUCACCGCGGCACUAGCCCGUCUCCGGCGACUACGUGGUGGAGGACGUGCACCUCGAGCAUGGCGACGUCUUCCGCCGACUCGUCUUCCUCUCGAACGUCAACAUCGUUCAGUCGGAGGCCAAACUCAAACCAGUGGCGGCGAAGGGCGGCCAGCGCUCGUUGGCGGUGGACGCGGAGCACCUCUCGUGCUUGCACCAUCGGUACAUGGCGGCCGGCCUGGGCCUGGCCGGUGCUGCCGACCGGCCGGCCCGCCUGCUGCUGGUGGGGCUGGGUGGCGGCGGGCUGGCGCGCUUCCUACAUGACAAGUUCAGCCAGGCCGCCCUCGACGUGGUGGACAUCGACCCGGAGAUGGUGGCCGUAGCGCGCGACUGGUUCGACUUCGCCGAGGACCGGCGGCUAACCGUGCACGUGGCCGACGGCCUCCACUUCAUCCGGGACUGCAAAACGCAGGGUCGGCAGUACUCGGUCAUCAUGUUUGACGUGGACUGCAAGGACCCCAGCUUGGGCAUGAGCUGCCCGCCGGCUCCGUUCGUGGAGCCAGACCUGCUCCGCGAUGUCCGCGAUUGCCUGUGUGAGGACGGCGUGUUCGUGCUGAACCUGGUGGCCCGGGACGCGGCGCUGAGCGGCCGCGUGCGGGCCGACCUGAGCGCCACGUUCGCCGCCUGCGUCUCGUACCCGAUCCCGGAGGAGGUCAACGAGGUGUUGUAUUGCCUGCGCCGCCGGCCCGACGGUGACCUGGCCGAGACGGCGCGCGCCGCGGCCGGCGCCGUCAACAGCAAGCUCUCGAGCACGCGCAAGGGCAAGACCCGCCGCGACUUCAUGGACAUGACGUCAUUCGCGCGGGAGCUCAAGAACCUCUAGUGCAUGCGGCAAGUUCGAAAUGCACAGUGCUAUCGUGUUGUCUGUGAUCAUCGUCGUCGGAUGCGAAUACUUUUUGAUACCUGUUGUGGAGGCUGGAUUGCGUGCUACUACAUCGAGUUUGGUCAUGUGUGCCUCAUAGAGAGCUGUCCGGGGCAAACCCACGAUGUGAGCGUGGUGAAACGGAUGUUACGGAGCCCGACCGAGACCGGCACUCAGUCUAUUUAUACAUUGGUCACUCAUUUGCAUGCGCACCUUACACUGUAUCCGGGCUGCGAAUGCCUUGAUACACAGUAAUGCCAGGGUCAUUGCACUUGUUAGGUCAGCAGGGUCAAAUGACGAUUAAAGUUGUCACCGAAACCCUGGACAUUUCAUCUAUCCACUGGUCCCCGAGGCGUAGAGUUCGUCGGACGCCAGCAGUCGCACUACUGUCUCUCCGCUGGAAGACUGUCGGGGUGGCUUCUGACGACUCGGCGCCGUUCUCCGCCG